ACUGUGUUUCUCUUCAGUAAGCAGACUCUGAACAUCGAGAGGCUGGAGGCUCAGUUGAAGGCUUGCCAUUGCUCCUUUACUUUCACUAAAAUCAAGCCGUCGCUGCUGGCUUUGGCUCUUCUGGCUCUGGAGAUCGAAGAUCAGCACGAGUGUGAGCCGGUUCCUGCUCUCAGAGAAGCUCUGGAUGCUCUACAGCAGAGUUUGACUGUAAGUUACCUGCAAGAUUUCCACAAACUGCUAAAGAGAUUUACUAGUUUGUGAAACGGGGUGGAGGCGUAGAGCGCACUGAACUAGUUAC